UGAAUAACUUCCAACCGGCAGUGGAUGCACGGGCAUACCUUACUCGGAUUCAGCUAGACAAUCUGCCAUUGUCCGAAAAGGAUGUAAAUGACACAUUGAAUCAACGUUAUGAGGAACAGAAGGAAGAGUUUCGCGGAGAUUUAAUACGCCUUUAUUCAACCUCAAAAAAUACUGUGUCUGUUUCCCCACUACGGGAGGGUCAUGACAAACCUAUCUGGGACAUUUUCGUGUCGCCAAUAUUAUGCCAUAUUAAACUUUAGAAAGACGGGUCUCGAAAGGAAAUGAAAAACGCGAUUCAACAAUACAGAUAUAUAUUUUUUAAAGAUGAAAAGAUCAACCGACGCGUGUUUAUUCAAGGAGACCCAGGCAUUGGGAAAACUACAUUCCUUACCAAACUUGCUCUUGACUGGUGCGAUAAGGCAUCUUCGCAAAAGCCUGAUCACAAGGCUACAUUUAGUGAUGUCGAUACAUUGAAUGACUUCCAGUUUCUCUUUCACAUAUCACUGAGAGAUGCAAUGGGUCAGCGUGAAGUGGUGGAGAUGAUUAAAACACAAAUAAUCGACAUUAUUUACAUGGGUGAUAAACGCGAAGUUAUAUUUAAACUUUUGCACCAAAUCCUGGAACGAGAGACCUGCAUCAUAACUAUGGAUGGUUUGAACGAGUGGACUGAUCCUUUGCAUAAAUACGUUUCACCAUUAAUAGCAAACUGUACAAAAUGCGUAUCGUUAAUUUCAACACGACCAUGGGUAAUGGCGGAUGAGCGAAUCAAGGAUUCUGAAAUAGACAGACAUUUUGAAAUAAAAGGGAUAACUGAUCCAAAGGAGUUAACAAAUAACAUUCUAAUCAGUCUUCACUCUGCGAAGCAAAAGACACAAACUGAUUUCAUUGAGUACGUUAAAGAACGUCAAUUGAUGCAGCUUCUUACGACACCCUGGUUGCAGACAAUGUUAAUAAACUUGUGGAUCCACGAUAGCGAUUUUAAAGGUUCACUGUGUGAAAUAAAUUGUAUUCUACUCGACCUACGUUUUAAGAAAGGAAAUGCAGAGGAAGGGUACUUUAGAAAAGGUACUUCCUUUCCGUGUUUGUCGAACACGAGCUUUAUUGAACCACAACGCGAGAUUUUAAAUGCACUUGCUAAGGCUGCAUUUCAUUUCACGUUUUCAUCAGAGAAAUCCCUCUUGUUUUCCAAACGGGAAAUAUUGGAGUUUAUGUCCAAAGAGCAGUUUCAAUUCUGCCUCGACGCUGGCUUAUUGACGGUACUGUAUAAUUCAUCGGCAUCUUUAAGUAGUCCACAAAUGUGUUUUCAACAUGAGACGAUCCAGGAAUUCCUAGCUGCAUUGCAUAUAGCACAUUCAAAGACGGAUGCUAUAGAAAAUGAACUGAGCAAAAAUAAGUACAAUGUAUUAGAAAUGAGCCAGAUAAUAGUUUAUCUGUGCGGGCUGAACUGUGAGACAGCUAAUAGACUUAUUGCCCGUCUGACUGAUGAAGACUUCCUCAAUGACACGAACCGUGCACUAAGACGGUAUAUACGGCAUUUUGACACUAAGUUAAUGGCAGCAUUUAACACUGAUUAUAAAACAAUUCGAAUCAUUCGGAACUCUGAAUCUUAUGAGAAGGACCAGAAUUCACAUUUCCUAACUUUAGCAUUCUUAUUCCAGCGCAUGAUGAUUGCUGGGUUCAUGGAGGCUAAAGCCAGCGGUCAGAAGGAUAUUUGUUUGGAGUGUAAGGACUUUACUUUUAAUACAUAUCUGAACGAGUCUGAAUCAAAUGCAUUACACUUACUGUUAAUUGGCAACGUAUCCAAUGUCAGAACACUUAUUCUAGAAAGUAAUGCAAUAAAAUCAAGCGAACUACUGACAGUCCUUCAACAGUCGAGGAAUUGUCUUCAGCGUGUAAAGGCCAGAGUAACUCCGGAAGUACAUCAAGCAUUUUGUGAUUUAAAGCUGAAAGAGGUACAUUUUAUCGGAAUACUCAACGUAUCGUCAAUAUCUGAUGUUCUUGCAUCCCUCACUAAUUUAACGUAUUUAAACAUAGAAGAUUCAACAUUAAACGAAGAAAUCCAAAUCCCUGUGAAAUUAAAAUAUUUAGAUUUGACGAAAAUUAUAUGUACUUCUGUAUUCCUGCAAAGGAUACUUGUAAAAUUAUCUUUCCUGAAACGAUCUUUAGUAGUAUUACAGAUGUGUGAUGUGAAUGUAACCGAUUGCAGUACAUCCAUAUUUCAGUCAGAACUUUUGCCAAUUGAUAUGUCAAAUAUCUUAGUAGACGUGAAACAUGGUAGUAAUGACCUGUAUGGUUUGCUUCGAUGUACACCUAUCGUAAACAUGAGCCUUCUUACGUUUGAUGAUACUAUAGUAGCAUCAGAUAUAUUACCCACAUUCAGUAAAUUACGAACGCUUACGCUUAGUGGGACAUAUGUGGGUCGUUGUGCUUUAAAGCUACCUGAAUCGUUACAAAUCAUCGGUACUGCGGUAGCAGAAUGCUCCUCUGAGUGGCUGAUCAGCUUGUUGACCAAUCUUUCGGUACUAGAGCAUACUGUCACAUGCAUCUUUGUCAACUUAGUAGUGCAAUCAAUUGACAAAACGUGUGGCGCUGAUUCAAAUACGACUAUAACUGACUUGCGAUCGGAACUAUUGGCAUGUGACAUGUCUAAUAUAAAGAUCAUCGUAGAAAAUGUCGGCCAAGAACUAUUCGAAAUAUUUCGUGACACAAGUAUAAAUACCCUGCAACUGAGGACUGCUGAAUGCUUGUCACACUCGUCAGAAAUUCUUCCAACACUCAGAUCAUUAGAAAAACUUACCUUAUGUGGGGUAUAUAUUGGUCUUUGUUCUUUUAAGCUACCGGCAUCGUUACAAUACAUUGGUCUUGAGGAAGGCGAAUGCUCCUCUGAGUGGCUGAUUAGCUUGUUGAUAAAUCUUUCUUCCUUAGAUCAUACUAUCAGCUGCGCCUUUUCUAGCUUUGUAUUGAAUUCUGUUGACGAAUCAUGUUGCGCAGAUCCAAAUAUGCAUUUAUCUGACCUGGGCUCAAAACUUUUGUCAUGUGACAUGUCUAAUAUUGAACUAAUGGUAGAAAAUGGCAGGAAAGAACUGUUUGAAAUCUUUCGUUGCACAAGUAUAGGGUACAUGUACCUGAGAAAUGCUGAUUGUGUUUCACAAACAUCAGACAUUCUUCAAACACUAAGUAAUUUAGAAAAGCUUCUUAUAUCGGGAACGUAUAUUGGCCAUUGUUCCCUGAAUCUGCCUGCGUCGUUACAAAGUAUCAAUCUCGUGGAAUGCAUUUGCUCCUCUGAGUGGCUAAGCAGCUUGGUGAUCAAGCUAUCUGCAUUUAGUAAUCCUGUUGUAUGUCAGCUGUGGAAUGUUGAAGUGCAAUCAAGCGUAGACAUACGCGUCGCUGAUAUACAGGUAUCUGACUUGCGAUCUACACUUUUGUCGUGUGACUUAUCUAAUAUUGAGAUUGUAGUAACCAAUGGCAGCAAAGAACUGUUCGAAAUAUUUCAUGACACAAGUUUAGGGAUCCUUGAUCUCAGAACUGCUGAUUGUCUUUCACAAACAUCAGAUAUUCUCCCUACACUCAGUAAAUUAGAAAAGCUUCAUUUUUGGGGGACGUAUACUGGUCGUUUUGAUCUCCAGCUGCCUGCAUCGUUACAUUGUGUAUAUCUUCAGACAGGCGAAUGCUCCUCUGACUGGUUGUGCAGCUUGUUGAUCAUGCUUUCUACAUUAAAUCAUCCUGUAAAGUGUGAACUACGAGACUUUAUAGUGCAAUCACGUGGAGCAGAUUGUGGCGCUGAUUCAAACAUACCUGUAUGUGACUUGCGAUCGAAACUAGUGUCAUGCGAGUUGUCUAAUGUCGAGAUAUUAGUAAACAAUGGCAGCGUGGAAUUGUUUGAAAUCUUUCGUGACACAAGUAUAGGGACCCUGGAUCUGAGAACUGCUGAUUGCGUUUCACAAACAUCAGACAUUCUUCCAACACUCAGUAACUUAAAAAAUCUACAUUUAUGGGGGACGUAUACGGGUCGUUGUGCUCUCCAGCUGCCAUCAUCGUUACACGGUAUUACUCUUGAGACAGGCGAAUGUUCUUCUGAGUGGCUGUGCAGCUUGUUGAUCAAGCUUUCUGCAUUAGAUACUUGUGUACAUUGUACUUUGUGGAAUUUUGUAGUGCAAUCACGUAUAGAAUAUUGCAGCGCUGAUUCAAAUAUACAUGUAUCAGACUUGCAUUCUGAACUAUUGUUAUGUGACAUGUCUACUGUCAAUAUAACGGUAAAACAGGGCAGCAAGGAAUUGUUUGAAAUAUUUCAUGACACAAGUGUACAGAUCCUGGACCUGAGAACUGCUGAUUGUAUUUCCCAAAUAUCAGACAUUCUUUCCACACUUAGUAAAUUGAAAGAUCUUUAUUUAUGGGGUACGUAUAUUGGCCAUUUUGCUAUCGAGCUGCCUGCGUCGUUAGAAUGUAUCAGUCUCGUAGAAUUCAACUGCUCCUAUGAGUGGCUGUACAGCUUGCUGAUCAAUCUUUCUACAUUAAAUCAUCCUGUUGUAUGUAGGCUGUUAAAGGUGGUAUUGUCAUCAAGCGUAGAAGAAUGCGGCGCUUUUAUACAGCUAUCUGACUUGCGAUCGAUACUUUUGUCGUGUGACUUGUCCCAUAUUGAGAUUGUUGUAACCAAUGGCAGAGAAGAACUGUUUGAAAUAUUUCGUGACACAAGUAUAUGGAUCCUAGACCUUAGAACUGCUGAUUGUAUUUCACAAACAUCAGAUAUUCUCCCUACACUCAGUAAAUUAGAACACCUUCAUUUAAGGGGGACGUAUACUGGUCGUUUUGAUUUCCAGCUGCCUGCAUCGUUAUACGGUGCAUAUCUUCAGGAAGGCGAAUGUUCCCCGGACUGGCUGUGCGGCUUGUUGAUCAUGCUUUCUGCAUUAGAUCAUCCUGUAAAGUGUGAACUGUGGCACUUUGUGUUGCAAUCACAUGGCGCAAAUUGUGGCGCUGAGUCAAACACACCUGUAUGUGAGUUGCAUUCGAAUUUAGUGCUAUGCGAUUUGUCUAAUGUCGAGAUAUUAGUAGAAGAUGGCAGCGAGGAGCUGUUUGAAAUCUUUCGUGACACAAGUAUAGGGAUCCUCGACUUGAGAAAUGAUGAAUGUAUUUCGCAAAUAUCAGACAUUCUCAACACACUCAGGAAUCUAAAAAAGCUGUAUUUAAGGGGAAUAUAUAUGGAUCGAUGCGAUUUCCAUCUGCCUGAAUCUUUACAAUGCAUCAGUCUUGUUACAGGCGAAUGCUCCCCUGAGUGGCUGUGCAGCUUGUUGAUUAAGCUUUCUGCUUUAGAUCAUCAUGUGGAGUGUCAGCUCUGGGACUUUGUAGUAAUAUCACGUGGAGAAAAUAGCGGCUCUGAUUCCAAAAAACAUGUAUCUGAUUAUCGAUUGAAACUUUUGUCGUGUGACAUGUCUAAAAUUGAAAUUGUUGUUAACAAUGGAAGUAAUGAACUGUUUGAACUAUUUCGUAACACAAGUAUAGGGACCCUGGACAUAAGAAAUGCUGAUUGCAUUUCACAAACAUCAGACAUUCUUCCCUCACUCAGUAAAUUAGAAAAACUUCAUUUAUGGGGGACGUAUACGGGUCGUUUAUCUUUCCAGCUUCCUGCAUCGUUACAAUGUAUCAUUCUUGAGACAGGCGAAUGCUCCUAUGAGUGGCUGUGCAGCUUGUUUAUCAAUCUUUCUGCCUUAGAUCAUCACGUAGAGUGUAGAAUGUUGAAUUUUGCGUUGGAGAGAAUCCUCGUGUUAUAAAUGUCUACAUCAGAUCGUCGGAUAAUGUGUACGCUUCGUGAAUUCAUACUGCAAUCACGUGAAGCAUAUUGUGACGAGGAUUCAUAUGUAAAUGUAACUGACUUUACAUAUAACCUUUUGUCAUAUGACAUGUCUAAUAUCCAGAUAUCAGUAAAACAGGGGAGCAAGGAACUGUUUGAAAUAUUUCGUGGCACAAGCAUAGGGAUACUGGACCUGAGAACUGCUGAUUGUAUUUCAAAAACAUCAGACAUUCUGCCUACACUCAGUAAAUUAGAAAAACUUCAUUUAUGGGGAACCUAUACGGGAUAUUGUGCUCUCCAGCUGCCUGCUUCGUUACACUGUAUCAUUCUUCAAACAGGUGAAUGCUCCCCUGAUUGGCUGUGCAGCUUGUUAAUUAACCUUUCUGAAUUAGAUCAUCAUGUCGAGUGUGAGCUAUGGAACUUUGUGGUACAAUCACGUGGAGAAGAUUGCGGCACUGAUUCAAAUAUACAUAUAUCUGACUUGCGAUCUAAACUAGUGUCGUGUGACAUGUCCAAUAUCGAGAUAAUAGUAGACAAUGGCAGCAAGGAACUGUUUAAAAUAUUUCGUGACACAACUAUAGGGAUCCUGAAACUGAAAACUGCUGAUUGUGUUUCACAUUCAUCAGAUAUUCUACCCACACUCAGCAAAUUAGAAAAGCUAUAUUUAUGGGGAACCUUUACGGGUCAUUUUGAUCUCCAGCUGCCUGCAUCACUAGACUGUGUCAGUCUUCAAACAGGCGAAUGUUCCUCUGAGUGGCUGUGCAGCUUGUUACUCAAACUUACUGAAUUACAUCAUGCUGUAAGGUGUGAGCUGUGCGACUUUUUGUUGCAAUCACGUGCGGAACAUUGCGGCGCUGAUUUAAAUAUGCACGUAUCGGACUUACGAUCUGUCUUAUUGGCACUUGGCAUGCCUAAUAUUAUCAUCCAGGUUAAUAAUGGCAGCAGGGAACUGUUUGAAAUAAUUCGUGACACAAGUAUAGGGAUCCUGGACCUGAGAACUGCUGAUUGUGUUUCACAUUCAUCAAACAUUCUACCCACACUUAAAUGAUUAAAGCUUUAUUUAUGGGGAACCUAUACGGGUCAUUGUGAUCUACAGCUGCCUGCAUCAUUGAAAUCUAUCUGUCUUGCGUCAGGCAAAUGUUCAUCUGAGUGGCUGUGCAGCUUUUUAAUCAAGCUUUCUGAAUUAGAUCAUCAUGUACAGUGUGAACUGUUUUUUAACGUUAUGGUGCAAUCACAUGGAGAACAUUGCGGCGCUGAUUCAACUGUAUUUGUAUCUGACUUGCGAUCUAACCUUUUGUCCUGUGACAUGUCCAAUAUCGAGAUAUUGGUAGAAAAUGGCAGCAAGGGAUUGUUUGAAAUAUUUCGUGACACAAGUAUUAAGAUACUAGGCCUUAGAAAUGAUGAUUGCGUUUCGCAAACGUUAGAUAUUCUUCCAACACUCAUUAAAUUAGAAAAGAUUUUGUUAUAUGGAACGUAUUUUGGUGAUUGUGCUCUCCAGCUGCCUGCAUCAUUGCAAUGUAUUAGUCUUCAAACAGGCGAAUGCUCCUCUGAGUGGCUGUACAGUUUGUUGAUCAAACUAUCUGCAUUAGGUCAUCCUGUAGAGUGUGAGUUGUUGAACUGUGUUGUGUUCGGAGUUGAUUCAAUUAUAGACGAAAUCUAAACUAUUAUUAUGGGACAUACCUAAUGUCAAGAUCUUAGUAAAAACUGGCAGAAUGGAAAUGUUUGAAAUAUUUCAUAACACACUGAUUGAGACCCUGUACCUGAGGACGGCUUUUUGAAAAACACCCGACAUUUUUCACACAGGCAGGAAAUUAGAAAAGUUUAUUUUAUGAGUUACCUAUUAUCAAUGUGUUUCGUGUGAAACUGUAAAUACAUGCUUUCUAUGUGUUUCUUUGUACUUGAAUUGUAUAUAUUUCAUGUUUUCUAUGUGUUUCUGCUGAAACUGUUAAUAUGUCUGAUGUACUAUGUAUGUUCCUUGAUAUAUUACAGAAACCAUACGCAAACUAUGUUUACAUGUUUGUUGGUUACUGUUUUUACAUAAAUUUUGUAAUACGGAUAAUAAAUAUGAUGUAAGGCCUUUAUGCCGUUUAAAGUGUUAAUAUUAAUUGAAUUUGAUAUCUGUGUGCAUUUUACACUAGUUGCUUUAUUUUUUGUUUGUAAAUGUAAAUAGCAUUUUUAUUUUGGAAAUGUAUUCCUGCUUACAUUGUAUGCAUAUACAAUCAUAUAAAAGUAUACAGAAUCGCACGUAACAAACUAUUUCCGGUAAAAAAAAAUAGUUACUGUGGUAUUUGCAAAAUAUAUUGUGUGUUCUUGCUAGAAACGAUCAUUCUUUAUUAAUUGUUUGUUUUUAACAAAUAUUUUAAUAUUAUUUAAGCUGCACAUUUGUCUUCAAAGAAUAAAGCCAAAGUCAGUGCUAAAAUAUCGUUUCAAAAUAUAGCUUAUAUUGGUAAACACACUUACGAUUUAUUUUUAUUUACCGAAAGAUUUAUUGUAGUUUUAAAUGGAUUUUAAAGGGAUCUUUUCACGCUUUGGUAAAUUGACAAAAUUGAAAAAAGUUGUUUCAGAUUCGCAAAUUUUCGUUUUAGUUAUGAUAUUUGUGAGGAAACAGUAAUACUGAACAUUUACCAUGGUCUAAUAUAGCCAUUAUAUGCAUCUUUUGACGAUUUUAAAACCUAAAAAUUAUAAAGCGUUGCAACGCGAAACGAUUGCAUAAUUUGGAGAGUUCUGUUUUUGUCGUUAAAUUUUGUGAAACUACGAAGAUUGCUUAUAUAAGGUAUAAAAUAUAUCAAGUUUGUGUAAUCGGCGGAAUAGCUCAGUAGGCUAAAGCGUUUUUACUUCAGGACUCUGGCAGGACUCCAGGGGUCACUGGUUCGAAACCUGGUCCGGGCAAUGUUCUUUUCCUUUUUUUAAUUUUAUUCUUGAUUUUUUACUGGAGCUUUUACGAUCCAAUGUUUACAUUUAUCGAUAUAAAGCAUUUAAUGAAUAAGUUAAAAAAUGCCAAAAUCUGUGAAAAGGCCCCUUUAAACACUUCGAUGAGUUAAACAGCAUAUGAAAUAUGUUAUGUUACAAAGGUAGCCAAAUGAAACCCAUACAUAUGUAUAUACUCAUAUUUAGAAUGAUAUGUUAUUAUUUGCUGUAGUUUAAAGGAAAAUCUACGAAUUUAAUUGACAAUGAUUACUAAUUGUUUUUUAUGUAUGAUUAGUUUAAGAUAUUCUAUAUAUGGAAUAGUAAUGGAUAAGUAUUGCGUGAAUGGACAGGCACUGUAUACUAUUGAAACUGUGUUAUAGUAACACCGCAUUAUCAAAAGUUUGAAAUUAAUUUUUAAUCGUCUUCAAAUAUCAUUAAAAAUUAUAUUCAUUCGACUAAGAAGUAAGUGGGUUGAUCAUUAUCUGUUAUAUUGUCUGUUAAAAUCAUUUAUGUUAACAAACAAGUGUUUAUUAUGUUUCUUUGUAUUUGUUGUCAUGUAUUAUGAGAUCAUAUGCAAAAGGUCCAAGUACAAAAGAUACAAAUGAGUAUAGGUCCCUGAAGUACGGUGGGGGAAUUUUUAUGCUGAAUCUAAAAUACACGCUCAUGAAGGAGCUAUAUCAUGAAAUAUUGCAGAGGUCACAUGUUUAAAUUUAUAAGAUUACUGCACAAGCUUUGAUUUGCACACAUAAUGUUGGCCUCUCAGUAUGUAUAUCAUGAGCGCCUGUGCGUGCGUGAUGUUCAGAUUAUUGUUUAUAGAUAAUAAUAUUGAUUCUGGACGUAUUUACAAAGCCAAACGUUUGCGGAAAUACGUUGGUGUUUUGCAUGUAAAAAAUGAAUGUUCAAAAAUGUGUACUAUAAUAACCCUUUAUUUAAAUUGCCAAACAAUUACUGAUGUUCUAGCAAUAUGUGCAAGAAUUUUCAAAGCGCUAUUUGAUGUGUAUUGCCUCGUUGAUGUUAUAGUUUUGCCGCGUCAUGUGGUGAAGGGUCUUAUGCCAUAUGCGCCAUAUGUGUCUCCAAACCUGUCUGCGAGGAUGUGUAUCUUUCUAUAAAGAUGCACAAGCUGGUCUGAAGCUACGCUGGCCGCAUAAGACAUAAUACCCAUUUUCGCAUGACGAGAGUCUUGUGUUGAUUUGUUAUGUCAAUAGACAUACUUGUGAUAGAAUUCGAUCGUUUCUAGACGUGAAGCUCAAAAUGUACCUUUUUUUCGACUGAAUAUAUAAAAAUAUAUAAAACAACUAAAUGUGUAUACAAUAGAAUGGCGAAAAGAAUGAAAACUCUUUAGAAUGUAGAUAAAAUAUAAUAUUGGUCAGAAUAAAAGAAAGAAUUUGGUAACUUGAAUGCAUGUUUUGAUUGUAUUUCAUAACCAUAUUGUUUUGUUUUAAUAGGUGAUUUUGUUAUUGAACGAUAUAAUUAAUCUUGAUACGUUUGCAUAUGUUUUAAUAUGUGGGCAAUAUCGCCAUACUUUUAUCUCCUAUCGUUCAUACAUAUCGUUCCGGUUGCAGCGCAGGCGUAAUUGCAAGGUUGCAUUUUUUAUCGCUUUGUGAUAAAUAAAGGAUGUUAGCAAAGUUUCGCUUCAAUUUGGCAAUCAUCAAGAGUGCAAGUUGCAAUACCGUGUAUUAUUACAACUGUACAGCAAGAAUAGAUUAUAUGUUAACCUGUUCGGUUAUAUGUAUAAUAUAUAAUAUAUAAUUACAUAACGGUGUAUUUGUUCAAUGCGUGAAAUAAAUAUGUUUAAUGGU